ACAUGGUAGCGCUCGCUCACGUCGGCAUGUGAAACAAAAGAGCUUCCCAGAGGCGAGUUUUUCCAAACCGAGAAAGAAGUCUAUUUUUAAACACACUUUUCCUGCUUCCCCCCCCCGUCGCACACACAAUAAUGCUACGACGUGUCUGCAUGGUCGCUGGCAAGGAAGGCUGACGAGAAGAAGCUAAUGUGGCUAAUGCUACUCGCCAGUAGCUGACCGUCACUUCAUUUCCACCAAGAAUCAUGACGCAGGAAGGCAGCAUGUGUUCAGUCACCCUUGGAGUGGAGGGCAUGACUUGCGGCUCAUGUGUCCAGUCCAUAGAGCAGCGCAUCGGUUCUCUUCAGGGGGUCGUACACAUAAAGGUGUCUUUAGAGCAGAAGAAUGCCACAGUCAUUUUCAAAGACCGCCAACAGAGCGCAACAUCCCUGUUGGAGGCCAUUGAUGACAUGGGGUUCGAAUCAAGUUUACCCGCGUCCAGCACAGUCACAUCUGUCUCCACUGACAACCAGCUGAUUCCCACAUCAGGAUUGGCACCUCUUGCCCUACAGGAGGCUUUGGAAAAGCUGUCUCAUAUCCAGGGAGUACUAGAUGUCCGAGAGAGCCCGAGUGAAGAGGGUCUCGUCGUCACGUUUGUCUCAUCUUUAACGUCCGUGCAGCAGCUCACCGAAGUUGCCAUGGGUUUAUCGCUAUCGGAGACCACCACACUUGGCAGCCCCAUCCAAAAAGACCCGCCGGUGUCGCCAUCUCGCAGCACGGCAAGCAGUGCAGCGCUGCUGAAGAUGAGCGUUCAAGGCAUGACCUGUCACUCCUGCACAACCACUAUUGAGGGGAAGAUUGGGAAACUAAAAGGGAUUGAAAAGAUUAAAGUCACUUUGGAGUCUCAGGAAGCUGCGAUUGUUUACCUGCCUUACCUCAUCAGUGUUCAGACCAUCAUUGACCAGAUUUCUCUGGCUGGGUUUAAGGCUUGUGUCAAGUACAAGCCCCGCCCACUGCAACUGUCUCUCAGUGAAAUUGAACGUUUAGUUGAUACGCAAAAUCCCAGCGCUUCUUCACCAUCAGAAACUUCAGAGGCGACCGAAAUCUUCAUUGACACUGUGCUUAUCACACUCGGGGUGAAAGGCAUGCACUGUCGAUCUUGUGUGGUCAAUAUCCAAGACAACAUCGCCACGCUGCCUGGUGUAUCCUCAGUGGAGGUCUCUCUUGAGGAGGAGAAGGCCUCCAUCUGCUACGACCCCCUAAAAGUCACAGUGCCUCAGCUGCGGCAGGCAAUUGAAGCCCUGCCUCCUGGAACUUUCAAGACUCUACCCUGGGACUCUUCUGGGCUGCUCAUCUCUUCAACUGCCUCGCCUCCGCCUGCUUUAUCAUCACCACCUCGGACUUUUGGAGUAUCCCAGGCCAAACCUGCUGCACCCCAGCCCUGUUUUAGCCAGCCUCUGGCCUCCAUGGUGAAUAUACACAUUGAGGGCAUGACAUGCAAUUCCUGUGUCCAGUCCAUCGAAGGCAUGAUGUCUCAGAGGAAAGGUGUGGUGUCAGCUCAGGUCUCUCUGGCUGACCACCAGGGCAUCUUUGAGUAUGACCCCCUACUGACCACCUCAGAAGAGCUAAGGAAUGCCAUAGAAGAAAUGGGCUUUGAUGCCUUCUUACCUGCAACCAAUUCUCUGCUACCCGUGUCAGGUCCCACUGCCUCUAAGUCUUCCAGUGUCGCCCCUAUUAAAGAUAAGAAGCUCGACAUUGACCUCCUUAAAGAGACGCCCCUGGAACGGCGAACAGACAAGACAGACAAACAUUCUAAGUGUUUCAUCCAGAUUGGAGGAAUGACUUGUGCAUCCUGUGUUGCAAACAUUGAAAGAAACCUAAAAAAUGAACCGGGUAUCUAUUCCGUUCUGGUAGCGCUAAUGGCCAGUAAGGCUGAGGUGCGCUAUAACCCCGAAACAAUGGACCCCAUGAAGAUCGCAGAAUGUGUCAAAGAGCUUGGCUUCUCCGCCUCAGUCAUGGAGAACUAUGAAGGUUCAGAUGGAAACCUGGAACUAGUGGUCAGAGGAAUGACAUGUGCCUCUUGUGUCCACAAAAUCGAGUCCAGCCUUAUGAAAGAAAAUGGGAUUAUAUAUGCCUCUGUCGCUUUAGCAACUAACAAAGCACACAUUAAGUAUGACUCUGAAAUAAUAGGACCACGAGACAUCGUCAAGCAGAUUGGGAACAUGGGUUUUGAAGCAUCUUUGGUGAAGAGAGACCGCACCGCCAGCCACUUGGACCACAGCAAAGAGAUACGACAGUGGAGGAAAUCGUUCCUGGUGAGCCUGAUAUUCUGCGUGCCAGUGAUGGGUAUGAUGAUGUACAUGAUCAUCAUGGACCACCAGAUGAGCGUUUCACACCAACACAAUGCCACAGCCGAGGAACGCAACCUCUUCCACUCCACCAUGUUCCUGGAGAGACAGUUGCUUCCAGGCCUCUCUGUCAUGAACCUACUGUCUUUCCUCUUCUGUGUGCCUGUGCAGUUUAUUGGCGGCCGCUACUUCUACAUUCAAGCCUACAAAGCAGUGAAACACAGAUCUGCCAACAUGGAUGUACUUAUAGUCCUGGCAACAUCCAUAGCCUUCACAUACUCCUUCAUAAUACUAAUAGUGGCAAUGGUGGAGAAAGCAAAAAUCAACCCCAUCACCUUCUUUGACACACCGCCUAUGCUUUUUGUCUUCAUCUCUUUGGGACGCUGGUUGGAACAGAUAGCCAAGAGCAAAACAUCCGAGGCUCUGUCCAAGCUGAUGUCUCUACAAGCCACUGAGGCCACAGUAGUCACACUCGGUAGCGACUCAUCCAUCUUAAGUGAGGAGCAGGUGGACGUUGAGCUUGUGCAGAGGGGAGAUGUGGUAAAAGUAGUUCCUGGAGGAAAGUUUCCCGUCGAUGGCAGAGUUAUUGAGGGUCAUUCCAUGGCGGACGAAUCUCUGAUCACAGGUGAGGCCAUGCCUGUGACUAAGAAGCCUGAGAGUUUAGUGAUUGCGGGCUCCAUUAACCAGAACGGCUCCCUACUGGUCAGUGCUACACAUGUCGGCAUGGACACCACGCUGUCACAGAUUGUCAAACUAGUUGAAGAGGCUCAAACUUCAAAGGCUCCCAUCCAGCAGUAUGCAGAUAAGAUCAGUGGCUACUUUGUACCCUUCAUUGUUGGGGUGUCGGUCCUCACCUUGGUAUCCUGGAUUGUAAUUGGGUUCCUGGAUUUCCCUCUCGUGGAAAAAUACUUUCCAGGCUACGACAAGAGCAUCUCCAGGGCAGAGGCGGUGAUUCGCUUUGCCUUCCAAGCCUCCAUUACCGUGUUAUGCAUCGCCUGCCCCUGUUCCCUCGGCCUCGCCACCCCGACAGCUGUAAUGGUGGGCACUGGGGUUGGAGCUCAGAAUGGCAUCUUGAUAAAAGGAGGGGAACCUCUGGAGAUGGCACAUAAGGUCCAGACGGUAGUGUUUGACAAGACGGGGACCAUUACGUACGGCUCUCCAAAAGUGAUCCAGGUUAAGAUAGUAGUGGAAGGCAACAAAAUGCCUCGCUCUCGACUGCUCAGCAUCGUGGGAACAGCUGAGAACAGCAGUGAGCAUCCUCUGGGGGCAGCCAUCACCAAGUACUGCAAGCAGGAGCUCGCCUCCGAGUCGCUUGGAACGUGCACAGACUUUCAGGCUGUGCCGGGUUGUGGCAUUCGAUGUCAGGUCAGCAACACAGAGAUGCUCUCGAGGCACGCGGACAGCGACAGCGAGGACAACAACCAGCGCAACAGCGUCCUUGUUCAGAUCAGCGAGACCCGCACGUCGACGAGCUCCCAUCCUCUUAUUAUGGACCCACAGCCACUUGGCAUCGUCCAGACUGCAAGCUACGUUGUCCUUAUUGGCAAUCGGGAGUGGAUGAGGAGGAAUUGUCUGCAGAUCCGGCCUGAUAUCGAUGAAGCCAUGACAGAGCAUGAGCGCAGAGGACGCACUGCGGUCCUAGUCGCCGUAGACAAUCUGCUGUGUGCGAUGAUAGCCAUAGCAGACACUGUGAAACCAGAAGCUCAGCUGGCAGUCCAAACUCUUACCAACAUGGGCUUGGAGGUCGUGCUGAUGACAGGAGAUAACAGCAAGACAGCGCGGGCCAUUGCUGCACAGGUGGGCAUCAGGAAGGUGUUCGCAGAGGUGCUGCCCUCCCACAAGGUAGCCAAGGUGGAGCAGCUGCAGCAGGCGGGAAAGAGGGUUGCCAUGGUGGGCGAUGGCAUCAACGACUCGCCAGCUCUGGCCAUGGCUGACGUGGGCAUCGCCAUAGGGACCGGCACAGAUGUAGCCAUUGAGGCAGCGGAUGUGGUGUUGAUCAGGAAUGACCUGCUGGAUGUGGUGAGCAGCAUUGACCUCUCCAAAAAGACUGUCAAACGGAUCAGGAUCAACUUUGUCUUUGCACUCGUCUACAACCUGGUUGGCAUUCCCCUCGCUGCAGGUGUGUUCCUCCCAAUCGGUCUGGUGUUACAGCCGUGGAUGGGCUCUGCUGCCAUGGCGUUGUCUUCUGUCUCCGUCGUUGUGUCCUCCCUUCUCCUGAAGUGCUACGCCAAGCCCAGUGCAGAGAAGCUGGAGGCCCAACUGGGCAACGUUAAGCGGCAGGGCAGCCUGUCCGACGUCAGCGUCCACAUCGGCAUGGGGGAGCUGCGGCGACCCUCGCCCAGGCUCAGCCUGCUUGACCGCAUCGUCAACUACAGCCGGGCAUCCAUCAAUUCGCUGCGCUCCGACAAGCACUCGAUGCACAGCUUGGUGCUCAGCGAGCCCGACAAGCACUCGCUCCUGGUGGGGGAAGCGGCGUGUGAGGAGGAGUUCUGCUGAAGCCCACCAUCACAACACGGUCAAGCAAAUGUAUCACAUGCUGAAGGAGCUUAACGUUGUUAAUGGCCUUACCUUGCCACUAAGGGUGCCUCGGGCUUCACAGAGAGAGCGUGUGCUGCCUCGUGUUUUCUUCACGCUCAACCGGCUGAUCACAAGCACUUCAGAGCACCCUUCUCGUCCUUUCCUUGGGGUCGGAGCUCUCCGGCGCUCUCUCGACCUAAAGAGUGAUGCUCGCACAAUCCCAAAGACGUAUGUUUUUAGCCCCUUUUCCCUAUCAGUGUUGAUUAAUUCCAAGUAUUUAUACAUACCUUAUUUAUAUUAUCUUCCAUCCGUGUGUGUGUGGGGAGAAAUGGGUGGAGCCAGUGUGUAGUGCCAUUGGAAAGCCUAGCACAUUCCAAAGUGGAGCGCCACAGACACGACAGGUUUCACAUGUUUCCAUGGCAACGGUGUGUGGGCCCGCAGCUGCUCGGCUCAUGCGAGCUAUUUUUCGGUGACUGAUCUUAAUUUGCUGUUACAUGACGAGGUUUUUGUGCUGAGGCUUGCAGUCUUCUACGUGCAUCAGUACAAGUUGGAUGGUGUUUGUGUUACUGCCUCAGAGCGUAUGGCCGCAAGGUAUCAACAAUCAAAUACACAAGUUGUGGCACUAAUUGAAUAUUAUAGUCAUGAAUGGGCACUGUUUUUCCCCCCUUUUUGCAUUACGAUCAGCUUUUUUUAAAGUACAACACUGCCACUGCCAGACUGUUCAAAAAAACAUUCACAAAGCUUCACGUGUGUGCGGCCAAACUACGCUUAAAGUUUCCUCUUGAUUGUUCUUCAAAGCAUAUUGUGCCUUGGAAUUAAAAACUCAACAUAAUAGUGUUGUCAUGAACCUGAA